CGCAAACAGCUGAUCGAGGAACUCGUUACAUUUAAUACGUACUGUCAGCUGGCGAUUCUCGAUACAGUUAAAUCACAAUCCUGACCAGGCGCAAGUACACGGUAUUAUCUGAAAGAUAUCAUCUGCGGAAAGUGACCGUGACUCAACUUGUACUGGUCGAAUGCUUGGAAUAGGUUGCUGUUCACUGUGAUAGUUCGUCGAACAGUAUUCCAGAAAUAUUCAGAUAAAAAAAAGCAAUGACGUCGAAUGGAAGCAAGGAAAAGGAUUUUCUACAGGUUCCUCAAGAUGAAUUUAUUACAGUCCGUCCCAAACCAAAAAGAACAGUCGAUGUAAAUGCAGAGUUCACACCGCCAGAUGGGGGGUGGGGCUGGGUCGUAUGUAUCACUUCACUGUGGGUUAAUGGAACAGUAUUUGGUAUUUUGAAUACUUUUGGAAUACUGUAUGUUUCUAUGAGAGAAAAAUAUGCCAAGGAUGACCCCAGUAUUUCUUUCAAAACAUCCUGGGUUGGUUCUGUUUGUACUGGAAUGACAUUCUUAAUGUGUAUGAUAGCCAGUAUCUUCAGUGACCAAAUUGGUAUCAGAAAAACAGCAGCAUUUGGUGCAACCCUGGGCACCAUAGGACUUAUUGGUAGUGCCUUUGUAGAACAGUUAGAACUAUUAUAUUUAACCUAUGGCUUAAUCCUUGGACUUGGAUCAGCUUUUGCUUAUUCCCCAUCAUUAGUGAUAUUGGGACAUUAUUUUAAAAAGCACAUGGGUUUGGUGAAUGGUAUAGUUACAUUUGGUAGUGCUAUAUUUACCAUAGGUUUAUCUUUGGCACUUCCGCUUCUACUUGAAGAAGUUGGCCUGAAAUACACCUUUCUGUUUCUCUCGGGUUUAUAUGUGUUGUUAUUCGGGUGUGUUUUAACAUGGAAACCUAUGAUACAUUCAGAGUCCGCAUUAGCUGGUAUAGCCUUGUCAACAGAAAGUGUAUAUAACCAUUGUAAUUCCUUCUGUACAUGGACUCGUAAAUAUCUAAAUGUAAGAAUAUGGAGAAACAGAGGAUAUGUUGUAUGGGCGCUAUCAUGUGGCAUGUCACUGUUUGGUUACUUUGUACCUUUUGUUCAUCUGGUCAAACAUUGUAAAGAUUUAUUCCCUGAUGCUAAUGGAAAUUAUUUAGUCAUGUGUUUGAGUAUUACAUCUGGAGUUGGAAGAAUUGUCUGUGGAAAACUUGCUGAUAUGCCAUGUGUUAACAGAAUUCGAAUGCAGCAGGGUGCUUUUGCCAUAUUUGGUGUAGCAACACUGUGUAUUCCGUUUGCUGAUAAUUUUUACGGCUUAAUAGCAAUCUGUUUAGUUAUGGGAUUAUGUGAUGGUUUGUUUAUAUGUUUAAUUGGACCUAUAGCCUUUGAUUUAGUUGGACCUAGUGGAGCAUCACAAGCAAUAGGUUUUAUAUUAGGAAUCUUCUCUGUUCCACUGUCUGUGGGACCACCUUUAGCAGGUUUAUUGUAUGAUUCUUUAGGUUCUUAUAAAAUUGCUUUCCAUGUAUCUGGGAUACCUCCUAUAGUUGGUGCUUUAUGUAUGUUCUUUAUACCUAGAACUAAACAGAAUUACCCAGCCGUUACAGAAGUAGAAGAAUUUGCAGCUGUUUCUGUUCACAAUAUUCUAGAGAAUGCCUCAGAUCAAGAUCACAGAAAUUAUAAUGGUGGUGGACCGGCUGAAACAGAACUUGUAGUUAUUAAAGGUGGAGAAUUGUUAGAAAAAUUCCAAUUAGAAGAUGGUUUAGAAGAUUAUACUAAUGAGAGUGAUAAAAUGAUACAAGAUGACAAUCAAAAUGAUACCAAACACAGUAUUAGUGAGGCAUAGUUCCUAUAACAUGACUUUAAAGAUAAAGAUAUGUUGUUAAAAGUUGUGUUAGAGAAUAUUUAGGGAUUUCUGCAUUCAUUAAGAAAAGUAUAUUACAAGUUUUUAAUUUUUAACGGGGAUGAUUUCUGUUUGUUUUAAAUGGUAUUAUGAAGAAAUAUGAAGUAUGAGUUGUGUGCAUGAUGCAGAAGAAGACGAUGCUUUGAGCACUUGAUAUAUCAAAGGUCUAGCCUGUUCCUGUAAGUUUACUAAAAAGUUCAUACAUUAUAAUGUAUAUUGUUUACAUUACCUUUCUUUUAAGAAUCGCAUAAACACCAUCUAAAUUUUCAUAUUUUUUUAUUUGGUUGUUUACUCCAUUUUCACCUAACAACAGGUGCAUGAAAAACGCAUUUUGGGUCUGUAUAUAGUUGACCUCUAUUUAACAGACAAUCGAGUAUCUGUAUCAUAAAAGUGGUAGGUUGGAGAUGACCAAUUACAACCUGUGCAUUACUGAACGCACUCUAUAACAAAAUUUUAGACCAAGAGGCAGUGUAAUCAACUAAAAGAAAUAAAACACAGGUAGCUAACCCAGUAACCUGAAUCAAUCAAAAUCCAAUUUCUAUAUCAUAGCUGGCAUUAUUUUAUAUAAAUCAUCAAUAUUGAAAAUAGAAUUAAAGAUACAUUAUGUAAGAUUCAGAUAAAGAGCUAAAUAUUCUUGCUAUAAUAGUUCGAAAAUAGUUAAUGUAAAAUGAAUAAUUUGAACAUUUCAUUCGAAUUACUUUAUUGCGAGCAAAGAUAUUAGCCUUUGAAGGUUUGACAAGACGUGUGUAAUAAUUUCAACCACUGUACUGGUUGUUCGAAGCUAAGUCUCGAGGCUCUAUUUUUAAAAUAAAUCAAAAUAUGGCUGAACCAUUCUAAUCUAUUUAAAUAAUAUCGGAGAAAUCCAAUGACAUCGAGAGUUGAUUAUUGUCUGGGUAAGCUAAUUAAUGUCUAAUUAAUAAUUUAGAUAACAUUUCAGACCUAAAGAAAGACUUGCAAUAGGCAUAUUUAGCUCUUGCUUAAUGUAUGUUUAUAAGAGAAUGUGUUUAUUGGCUUUUGAAACAAAUUUCAAUUUGGAAUCACGUAAGUUAGUCGUUAGUGCCUGUAUGUGUGUAAGAGAGAGGGAAAUGGGGUUUAAUGUCCACUUGAUACAAACCAGUUCAUUUCAGGACCAACAUGGUUCAAUUUUAUUUCAAUAAUUUGCUUGUGUGUAGGGGUCUUUAGCAGUGCGAGAAAACUGGAGGACCUGGAGAAAACCCCCAAGGUUGGACAGGCGACCCUACUCCUUGUCACGUACAAGCGGGUAAUCCAAACCACGCCACUUGUAUUGAACCAUUCGGCCAUACAACCUCCUGUGCCUGUAUGUAAUUUGGUGCUUAACAUAUAUUCAUGUUUAUUACUACAAAUACUAUUUGCGUUGAGAUUAUGAUAAAUGGCAUUAUUACAUACUAUAUAAUUAUUUCAGAUUUUAUAAUUUAUUCGUAUAAUUCUAUUACUCAGGUCGUACUUUCAAAAUGAAAUGUAUUGCAAUUCCAUGCCCCAUUAGCAUGGCAACAGGCAUUAUUACAGAGUUUAAAUAUGGUACUACUGUUUAAAAUAUAAUAUAUUAUUAUAUUGUUGUUUAUUUAAUCAUUUAUUUUCAUAUACAUUUUUAAUUGCUUUGUCUUUGUACAAUACACUCUCCCUGUUUAGUGCUGUACACCUUCUAAUGAAUUGUUUCAAUAAUUUAAUAUUGUAUUAACAUAUUAUAAUGUGAAUACCUUGUAAAUGAUAAAAUGGUGUAGAACUAUGCAUUCUUUAAAGGACAAUAUUGGUGUCAGUCAAUAUCACAUAUGUGAUAGAACUGGUUAAACACUUUCCAAAUAUAAUUUUAACACAGAGAUCAUUGCUAUGAUAGAUGUGUUAUAGAGAUUUCAAGGAAGGGAAGUUAUGAAUGCAAAAGAAAGCACACGUUAUCCUUCUAUAUAAAUGACUGAAGUGACCAGUGAUAACAGAUACACGUGCGAAUUUCUGAUCACUAAUAAUUCCUACGAAGACCAAAAGUUGUUAUGUUAUCAAUUAAGUACCUGUAUAUUUUUAAUAAUUGCCACCAAUACCCAUUUUUGGUAACUAAAUUUUCCUCACUUUAUGAAAAUAAACAACUUUAAUAAAUUGAAGUAUUUGUAGGAAAAAGUCCUCCUGUGGGUCUUUUUUUACUUUCUUCAAUAUAAUGUGUCCAUUAUCUAAUUUAUGUAUUUAUUAAAGACACAUAGAGAACAUAGUUUGUCAUACAGCUGUCCUGCAUGUCAUAUACAGUUAAUAAGAAAAUGAUACUAGAAUAUUACUUAAGUAUUAUAACAGGGUCAUAUUUUAACAACAGUGGACUAUAAACCAUUCAAAUGUUAUCUAUAUCAAGUAGACGAACCAAUUUGAGAGUUCAUAUUUUACAGUAAUUUUAAGUCAAAUUGACCUAUAUGUGCACAAACUUCAUUUUAGACAAGUAGGGUUAAUAUUUCUUGACAAAUAUAUUUUUCCCAGGUAUAUGAAAAUUGGAUUUUCUCUUCAUGUGAUUGGUGAUUUGUUCUUAAAAUCUAAUUUUAAUAGCCCCUAAGGCCCCUAAGGAGAGGGGUGGAAUUUGGGAGGAAACAGAGUUAGAGGAACUAUAUACUGGGAAAGACUAUGAAUAUAUAUCAAAGGAAAUACCAAUAUACAGAACUAUAAAGGAAAUCAUGACUUAAAAGUUCACAACAAACACCUGCUCCAGACUUAAUUUUAUUUGUGACUAUUCAGUUAUUGACCUUAGAAAUGCUUGUGCUCCUGGUGGCUUUUGAUAACUGUGGCUAUGACAGUGAAUGUGAUCGCAAUCUUUUCUAGGAUAGGUCAUUGGAUUACAAUUAAUAAAGCCAUUUAGUUUCAUAAAUUGUUCCAAUUAUCACCACUGUAAAGUAUAAUGGGAUCACAAGCAGAAAAAAUGUGAUUAUUCAUUUGGAAAUUUGUUGAAACCAACUGCAACAUAUCGGUUUAUAAACAAAAAUAUGAAGCAUUUUGUAUCUUCACAUUCAGCUAAUAACUAUGUACUUUGAAUAGUUUAAUUCAGGAGCCUAUUCCGAAAGGAUGCUAACUAAGGGGUAUGAAAAAAGCUUAAAGAAAAUAAGAUUAUUAUGUUUUCAAGCGCAGAUGAAGAUCAAGUUAGGAUGUUUGUAACAAUUUUACCCAAUUCACUUGAUUUUACAUAAUUUUACCUCAUUUUAUACAUAAAAUUGAUUCAGCUUUAUUGCAGAAUCUGUACAUUUAGAUUUUCAGAUAUUAUUAUUUAAUUUUAUCAGUUAUUAAAAUUUUUUUUAAAUUAUCCAAAAUGUUUAUCAUCAUUUUAUUGAGAGGCUACUUGUUUGCAGUUUCUUGAAAACAUUAUUCUUAGACUGUCUUUUUUAUUCAGGAAAUUGAACAAUGUUAUCACAAAAACAUAUUCUCUGUUAAAAUCUAAAAAAAUC